AUGACCGAUAUAAUCUUUAAUAAACAGCUGCUUCGAAACAGAAAUGUUUUGGGAGGGGGACGAUCUUUAGAGGAGAAGUUUCUGCUUCAUUAUUCGGAAAUGAAUGGGAAAGGGCCCGCUGCAUUCGUUCAGAAGAGUUUAACAAGUCGAGACUUGCCAAUGUUAAAGUAUUUUGCGAUGAACAACUCAGGAGAUAUGACAAAUGCAUUAAGGAAGGAAGUUUGGUAUACUCUUCUGAAUGCACAGUUACCUUCUACUAAGAUGAAUGAUGCGGAUUCCAUCAAACCGAAGAAACAUAAGGAUGAAGAUCAAGUCGUAUUAGAUGUAAACAGAUCCUUCGGUGCAUUGAAGAAUCUGUCCCAAAAGGAACGAUUAAGAGCUUUACUACAAAAGAUGAUAAUUAAAAUAUUAAGAAAAUAUCCUCAGUUAAAUUAUUACCAGGGAUAUCAUGAUGUAGUAUCUGUAUUUGUCCUAGUUUUCUUUGAAAGACUUAAUAAGAAUCCAACUUUUCAUUCAAUAAAAAGAGAAGAAUGCAACUUAUUAAAUGAAACUAUGGAUACUGACAAUGACGUUAUUGAACCUGGUAUUGCCAAUGCAGCAGAGACAUGUGGAGAUGCCAUAGAUGAAAAAGAUACAAAGUUUGUGUUGGAUGAGACAAAACUAUUUAGAUGUAUUGAAUCCUUUACCCUUUUAUAUUUAAGAGACUUCAUGACAGAUUCAUUGGAUUUUGCCGUUGAUCAACUAAAGAUGAUCCCCUACCUGAUAAAAAAGAUGGACCCAGAACUGUAUCAAAUACUACACCUCGAUAAAAUAGAACCUUUCUUUGCAUUAUCAGAUAUACUCACCAUAUUUUCUCAUAAUCAAAAGCCAUAUGAGGAUAUAGGGAGUACAGAGCAUAGCAUCAUCUUCUUCAUAUUUGACCUUAUAAUUUCAACACAGUCGAUGUAUAUUCCACUGAUAAUAUACGCGAAUCUAGUAGUUUCCAAGAAGGCUACUCUUUUAAUGGAAUAUGAUUUAAAUGUUGCUAACUUCGAAAAUAUACCAGAUAUGGUUCAUGCUAUCAUACAAAAAGUCAUAUUGACUCAAACUAUAUUUGAUGACGAAAACUGUUGGAGGAGCCUCUUAACUGAAGCUAAAAUCAACAAUUCUCUCAUUGAUUUAAAACAUAUUCGAGGUAUGCUAAAUCCCUAUAGUGUCUUGUUAACGACAUCUGUCUCGCAUCAUCAGUUGGAGCUCCAGGUAUAUGAUCUUCCAUAUAUUCUUGAGUUAUUUGACAAGGAAGUAGUACUAAAUGAGAAGUGCAAGAGUUUCUCCGCAAAUGACAGACAGCUUUUCUAUCAAGGCGGAAGAAGCAGCUAUAAUAGGAUAUUUUAUUUUUUUGAGAAACACAAGACAAUAUUCCUUAUUUACAAGUUAUCUCUUUUUCUACUUGUGUUUGCAAUAACAGUAAAAAUACUGAAGGAUGGGCAUCUGAAAAAAUUAGUUGCAAGAACUUACUUUCAGCGACUACAUCACUAUUAUGGUACAAUUAUCGAUAGCUCAAGUACAAGAAAGCGUCUAUGGGUGGAUCCAUUGAGUCGACUUUUCAAAAGCGCAAAAUACUCUCAUAUUCCAGAUAUUCCCUCUUCACUAUGA